UGCCCCUGCCCCUGCCCACUCUAUUUCUACUGCUGCCAGUACUACCACCACACAGAGAGAGUGUCCGUCUCCAUGGCCAUGCCAGUGCCCUCCUUGAGCUGACAGAGCAAGAAGCCUCUCGCCGCCCACCUCCCUCCCGCCCUCUCUCACCCCGCGCCGCCGGCGAUGGCGGCAAUGCCGGGGCUGGCACUUGCGGUGCUGGUCCUUGUGUCGGUGCUCCCGGCGUACCGCUCCGACGACCUCAACACGGACGCGCAGGCGCUGGAGGCGCUGCGCAAGGCGGUGGGCCGGUCCGCGCUGCCGGCGUGGAACAGCAGCACGCAGACGUGCCAGUGGCAGGGCGUGGCCUGCGAGAACGGCCGCGUCGUCGAGCUCCGGCUCCCCGGCGCCGGGCUCAUGGGCGCGCUCCCCUCGGGCGUGCUCGGCAACCUCACCGCGCUCCGCACGCUCUCCCUCCGCUGGAACGCGCUCACGGGGCCCAUCCCCGACGACGUCGCCCGCAUGACCGAGCUCCGGGCCAUGUACUUCCAGCACAACGCCUUCUCCGGCGAGGUCCCCGCGGGGCUCUUCACGCUCAAGAACCUGGUGCGGCUCAACAUCGGGCAGAACAAGUUCUCCGGCGAGAUCUCGCCCGACUUCAACAAGCUCAACCGCCUCGGCUCGCUCAUCCUCGACAGCAACGACUUCUCCGGCGAGAUCCCCAAGCUGGACCUGCCCACAUUGGAGCAGUUCAACGUCUCCUACAACAAGCUCAACGGCUCCAUCCCCCGCAAGCUCCGCAAGAUGCCCAAGGACUCCUUCCUCGGCACCGGGCUCUGCGGCGGCCCGCUCGGCCUGUGCCCCGGCGAGACCGCGGAGACGCCGGCCGGGUCGCCGGAGGGCCAGCCAGGCGCCGGCGGCGCCGCCGCUGACGUCGGUGGCGGCAAGAAGAAGAAGAAGCUCUCCGGCGGCGCCAUCGCCGGCAUUGCCAUCGCGUGCGUGCUCGGCCUGCUGCUGCUGCUCGCCCUGCUCUUCUUCCUCUGCCGGAAGAAGAAGUCCAGCAGCGCGCCGAGGUCUUCUACGGCGGCGGUGGAGAAGGGGCGGGACCUGGGCAUGGGCCCGCUGGACGCGGAACCCAAGGGGCAGAACGGCAACGGCGUCCACGGCGCCGCAGCGGUGCCGGCCGCCGCGGCCGCAGCUGCCGCCGUCGCCGCCAAGUCAGGAGGAGGAGGGUCGACCGCGGGGUCGAAGAAGCUGAUCUACUUCGGGCCGAUGGCGGCGGCCCCGCCGUUCGACCUGGAGGACCUGCUGCGCGCGUCGGCGGAGGUGCUGGGCAAGGGCGCGUUCGGCACGGCGUACAAGGCGGUGAUGGAGAGCGGCGCGGCGGUGGCCGUGAAGCGGCUCAAGGACGUGGACCUCCCCGAGCCGGAGUUCCGCGAGCGCAUCGCGGCCAUCGGCGCCGUGCAGCACGAGCUGGUGGUGCCCCUCCGCGCCUACUACUUCAGCAAGGACGAGAAGCUGCUCGUCUACGACUACAUGUCCAUGGGCAGCCUCUCCGCCCUCCUCCACGGGAACCGGUCGUCGGGGCGGACGCCGCUGGACUGGGAGGCGCGGUCGGCGAUCGCGCUAUCGACGGCGCGCGGGGUGGCGCACAUCCACUCCACGGGCCCGACGGCGUCGCACGGCAACAUCAAGUCCUCCAACGUGCUGCUCACCAAGAGCUACGAGGCCCGGGUGUCGGACCACGGCCUGCCCACGCUCGUCGGCCCGUCCUUCUCCCCCACCCGGGUGUCCGGCUACCGCGCCCCGGAGGUGACCGACAUCCGGCGCGUCUCGCAGAAGGCCGACGUCUACAGCUUCGGCGUGCUGCUGCUGGAGCUGCUCACGGGCAAGGCGCCCACCCACGCCGUGGUGAACGAGGAGGGCCUGGACCUGCCCCGGUGGGUGCAGUCGGUCGUCCGGGAGGAGUGGACCGCCGAGGUGUUCGACCAGGAGCUCCUCAGGUACCAGAACGUGGAGGAGGAGAUGGUGCAGCUGCUCCAGCUCGCCAUCGACUGCUCCGCGCAGCACCCCGACCGGAGGCCCAGCAUGUCCGACGCCGCCGCGCGCAUCGACGAGAUCCGGCGCUCCGCCUCCUCCCCCGCCCAGCACGCGACGACGGACAGCCCCGCCGCCCCCGCCCCCGAGGGCGACGAGCCCUCCCUAUAACCGACCGGCAUUGAUCCCUUCAUCAGUUGGAAGAAAGGAAAUUGCUUAGUUCUUUGCAUGGAUCUUGUCUUUGCUCAUCAGCAACUUGUGCAUGUCUUCAUUUUUUCUUUCAUCUUCUUCUCCUUUUUGGCCCCUUUUUUCUUUUUUCUCACGGGCUUUGAUUCUGUUCUAUAGCACAUGUCAGUCACUACUGUAAGCGUUUGAUUCUUGGAAAGUAACACAUGGAUGAUGCCUGUACUGUACCUAA